GCAGAGCCGAGCCGGGACUGUCCAGUGGGAGCAGGCGGGCCGGCCAGCGCAGACCUGGUGGCGCACGGGCGCCGCACUGCACGGUUCAGCGAGGGGUAGAGCGGAGCCGCAGCCCCACGCGCAGCCCAGGACCCACUCGCCACCGCCGCUUCCGCAGCACCCAUGGGGACCACGAGACUUUAAAGGAGUUUGGGGUUUCGGGAGCAGGGAAAUCACGGAUCCCCGCUCCUGGCCCUCACCUCGCCACCUCAUUGAUGGGCAACCAACUGGACCGCAUCACCCACCUCAACUACAGCGAGUUGCCCACAGGGGACCCGUCGGGGAUUGAGAAGGACGAACUGCGGGUCGGGGUCGCCUACUUCUUUUCGGAUGAUGAGGAAGACCUGGACGAACGCGGGCAGCCCGACAAGUUUGGCGUGAAGGCCCCCCCGGGUUGCACCCCCUGCCCGGAGAGCCCCAGCCGCCACCACCACCACCUGCUGCACCAGCUGGUCCUCAACGAGACUCAGUUUUCCGCCUUUCGGGGCCAGGAAUGCAUCUUUUCCAAAGUGAGCGGCGGGCCUCAGGGCGCCGACCUGAGCGUCUACGCGGUCACCGCGCUGCCAGCGCUCUGCGAACCCGGAGACCUGCUGGAGCUGCUGUGGCUGCAGCCCGCCCCGGAGCCGCCCGCGCCCGCCCCGCACUGGGCCGUCUACGUGGGCGGCGGGCAGAUCAUCCACCUCCACCAAGGCGAGAUCCGCCAGGACAGCCUAUACGAGGCGGGCGCGGCCAACGUGGGCCGGGUGGUGAAUAGCUGGUACCGCUACCGCCCGCUGGUGGCCGAGCUGGUGGUGCAGAACGCCUGCGGCCACCUGGGCCUCAAGAGCGAGGAGAUCUGCUGGACGAACUCGGAGAGCUUCGCCGCCUGGUGCCGCUUUGGCAAGCGGGAGUUCAAGGCGGGAGGGGAGGUGCCGGCCGGCACGCAGUCCCCGCAGCAGCAGUACUAUCUCAAGGUGCACCUGGGAGAGAACAAGGUCCACACCGCCAGGUUUCACAGCCUGGAAGACCUCAUCCGCGAGAAGCGCCGCAUCGACGCCAGCGGCCGCCUGCGAGUGCUCCAGGAGCUCGCCGACCUCGUGGACGACAAGGAGUAGCCGCCUAGGGGCUGCCAGCCCCUCUGCCUCCCCACACUUCGCUCCCUUCCCUUCCCCGCACCCGGACUUCGCAGUUGGCGGUUCUCAACCCCUGCCCCCGAAGCGCGUCCGUUGCGGGUGUCCCGGGCCCGGGCUGCACCCCCGCACCCCCCAGCCAGCGGCAGGCAGUCUCAGGAACUGCCCCAGGGCCGAAAGGGCGCCGCUGCGCGCGCCUGGCCGACAGCCACGGUGGUAGUGACGGUGCUGGGAGACCCCGCGUGCGCUUUCCCCUUGAGAUGUAAACCGGGAACGGAAAAGGGGCUGAGGGGAGAAAGGAUAUGGCGUCCCCCACGAGUCCAUGGCCAGUGACUGUGGCCCGACCCGAAAACGACCCUCUUCUCAAAAGGGACCAUCACCGCCCCGAGCGCGUGCACAGAGACCGGUCGGAGGCGAGAAUUGGUCUUUUCAGGGCACAGUUCAGCUCCUCUGUGGAUGCGUCCCCAGAUCGCAGGAUUUCCAAGAAAUCGAGCCUGUCCCUUGUGCACUUGGGAAUAAUUCCCCAAGACAGCACUUCGGGAUUCCGGGUUAUCCUGAGGCUGCCCGGGACUUUUCCAGCUCUCCUGCCCCAGGUCUCCUGACAUUGUGUUCCAGGCUGCGGGCUAAGCCAGACAGUGUUUGCCUCCCGUUCUUUCCACCGAGGGAAGCGAACGCCACCCCCACCCGCCUUUGCCUCCGAGUCUCCCUCGCUGGCGAAGGGAAGCCGACCUGGUCCCGGGAGGAAGAUGGCGCAGCGAUUUCGGUGAGGACAGCCGGCCCCGCCCCCGACAAGGAGCUCCCUCGUUCACCUGGUGUCUGGGAACUUGAAUGUGUGAAGGGCGCUUAUUGUUCUGAACCCUUGAUUGCUCCCUCCUCGGGCUGCGUUUCAAAAAUAGUCAUAUUUUUAAAGGAGUUGGAGGAGAGGGAGGGGGAGGACAUGGCACCAUUCCAGAAACCAGCAUUAUUACAACACCAUAGCCAGUAUAUUUAGUUUGGCUUUUCCUAACAUAGAAAUCUUCAAAGGUGGGGCAGUGGAAAUAAAGUUUUAAAAAUGAGAGAGCAGUUUUCCAACUAUGUCAACAAAGCCUAUCGUGUUGAUGUUUUUAUUGACCAUUUUAGCAACAUGCUAAUAAAAUUUCAAAUUGAAAUUUUUAUUUUCAUGGCUUUAAUCCAUGAUAGUUUAAAUAUUGGGGGCCAUUAAGAGUGGAUGUAGCUAAGAGCUUAGCUAACAUUGCCUUUUCACUCUAUUUUUCUCAAAUAUUAUAAGAAUUCUGUUUUUGAAUAUUGUUAAUUUUUUGGCUUUCAACAGCAGCCCUAGUAAUGGUGGAGUUGUUAAUUAAUGUGUAUAUUGUACUGAAUUUCUGUCAGUUAAGGGGUUCACUGCUUUGGUGGAAAUUGGUGGAAAUUGCUAGCAGGUUCCAUGAUGUUUAUUUUCUCCAUGUUGUAUAUCAUUACCAUUUCACAUUUGCAUUUCUAUUUUUCUUCCUCUCCUCCUGAUCUCCUUAAAAAUGAAUCUAGAGUUGGUGGCUUUUUUCCCCUCCUCUUUAGCCAGUUCCACAGUUCAGUUCUUCCUGAAAACAGGGAAGAACUUGUAGGAUCAGGCAAAUGUGUGUUUUUCAAAAACUUAGGGCUGGGUGUGAAACCCCUUCUGUGGACAAGGAUUUGUAAACUUCUCUCCUCCCGCUGUGGCCCCAGCCUAACUGAUAGUUACUUGAUUCAGUGUGUUAGACACUUAUAGCAUCUAUGUCUCUUUCAAGGGAAUUUGUCAAAUAAUGCUGUUUAACUAAUUGUUGCAAGCAAUUGCAUAUUAACAGCUGUGAUUUGAUUGGACAGCAAGUAUUAUGGCCAAAGCCAGUUUCUUGGCAUUUCAAAAAUAAUGCAAUAAAAACUAGUUGAGGUUAGCUGAGACUGGAAAUGCCUUUUUCAUGGUACAUGAUUCACUUCUAUUUUUUCUUUCUUUUUCUUUUUUUUUCUUUGGUUUUCAUCCUGGAUUCAUCCCCUGAUCUUAAAUCAAAAGGUCAGAUCAAUGAAAUAUGAACUAAAGUAUUUUUCUUAAGCCUAUUGAGUGAUUUAUUUUUUAAAAAAAAUGUUUAAACGCAUAUGCUUUUCUUUCAGCACAAACAACAGCAAAACUUUUGUAAUAACUAACUUACAUUUGCAUGUAUGAAGAACUGAAAGUCAUUUAUUUCCCUUUUUCCUCUUUCAAAUAACAGGUGGCAGAUCAUAAAAUGAAUUCUUUAUUGUAUCUACACACUCCACAUUCUUUACUGUGUCCUACUACUGUAUCUUGGCUCCCUGCUGUAUUAAACACCAUCUUAAGCACUUGUUCCUGCAGACUCCUUCUUGACAUUUUGUCUUCCACCUCAAAGUCACUCAAAGGGUGGGACUCAUCAAAAGAAAGGAGUUAGUCUCUAUCACACCG